AUGGUUAGAGGAAAGAAAAUUUUGCGGACUGACAUGACACAAAGGUGCGAGGAUGACGUGCGAGCAGUAAUUACAAUACCAGAAAGAGAUGAGAUGGCGUUAAUUACGUGCAGAUGGUGCAGUACACGCCUGGGAUGGAGAUCGAGACGCUCAGACGAUGCCCAGAUGAUGGACAGAUUAUGGCCAGAUUAUGGCUUUUGGACAUCAAUCCCAGAGGCUGGGAUGGCAGCCAAGAAGCGGUGUGGGGAAAAUCUCUGGGUAGACGUUGGGGUGAGCUCAAGGUUAGACUUUGGGUUAGAGUUUGCUGUUGCGCAAGACCAAAGUUUGAUUGUGCGGUGA